GGAGGCCAUCGAAAUCAACCAGUGGCAGCCUCAAAAACCGGGGUCCAAGGGGGAAACAUCAACGGAGUAGUUCCUCAUCAGGGGGUGUGAGUAUUUUACAUGUUUUACAAACAUACCAAGUGCAGUGUUUCUUUUUUUAAACCCGAGCAGCAUGAUCAUCCGUUACGGGAGAUGGCAUCUGACUUGCAGAAACAUGAUUUUGCACACGGCUGUGCUUCAAGCAGUUCGGCUCUCACUUCGUGCACUUGCGACCUUUGUUUCUCCUUUGUGACACCUGUGCUCGGCAUCAUGUGGCGCAUCUUGGCAACCUUGUUGUUCACCGCGGUGGCGGAGUUCACCCCAGACCAGUUGGAGAAGAUGGCGGAUUCCGUCCAAUCUUCCGCAGAGUCGUUGCAGGACAAGGUGGAGUCUUGGAAGAAUGCCAUCCUGCCCCUGUCCUCCUAUAUCCCGACGUUUGGCAGCCAAAUGAUGGCGGCUGCCGAUGAGGAGCAAAAGGCUGCAAUUCAGAAGCAGUUUAAGGCCAACAUGACAAAGAUGUGCAACGACGUGCUCUCUUUGAGUGAGGUCCUGGCUCAAGUGUCCAAAGCCUCCGCUGACGCCAAGGAGACAGUCACCAAGGUCGAGGCUCAAAUGGUGAUGGCCCAGCCGAAUGACCCCGCCUACCAGAACUACUUGGACCAAGUCCAAAAAUCCAUCACCAGCCUGGAUGCUACAGCCACCUCCGGUGCGAUGUACACUUCAAUGAAACCAACUUGCCAAGCCCAGGGGGAUGUGGCAGCAGCCACCAGGUUGUUUCUCGAGAAGCCAGAAGUUGCCGGCUCCAAAUUUCAUCUUCCCUCAGCUUUGCUGGGAGCCCUUGGUGCUACCGUCAUUGGAUCUGCUUUGGUCCUCUUCCGCACCAAAGCCUCCAGUCGCUCCCAGGUGGUGUUGAUGGAGGAGGGCAACUUGGAAUGAUCGCCGAGCUCGUGAUUGCAGCUGCUCAUAGCUGCUCCUGAUGGACAAACGUUCCGUCAGAGAGUUGCAGAUUGGUUGAACCGAGCCACGCUCCAGGUUCAGAGACUGAUAUCCUUUUAACUCAUUCGCCUGCAACUUCCGUCAUUUCCAGUGGUUCA